AUGGAAGAGUUACAGUCUCGUGGACUUUAUGGCAUCGGAAUUGUUCGUUCAAACAGGAAGGAUUUGCCUGAUAUGCUGAAAAAAAAUUCUAAGCUUAGCAGGGGAGAAUUCGAAUUUGCUGUCAGGUCAUGUGUUGCAGCAGUGAGGUGGCAGGAUAGUAAACCUGUUUGUAUAUUAUCAAAUUACCACAAUCCCAAACACAUUACAACUGUUUUGAGAAGAAACCAAGAUAGAAGCAGAAGUAAAGUAUUCUGCCCAUUGGCUGCGGCAGAGUAUAAUAAAAUAAUGGGAGGAGUGGAUAGAUUUGACCAGCUGGGUGAAUGGUAUGCUGUAGGCCAUCGUUCACGGAAGUGGUGUCACAGACUGUUUUUCUCUCUUGUAGAUUUGGUAGUUGUCAAUUCCUACGUUAUGUGGAAGCUACAGAAGACAGAAGCAGACCAGCUAACAUUAAGAUUGCACUUGGCAUGCCGGUUUAUCUCUGGCUUCUCAAAUCGUAAGAGAAGAGGAAGGCCCAUUCAUUUUCAAACACCAAAAAGAGGUGUGUCUGGAGUACCAGAUGAACUUCAUCUGGAGAAAGUUGGAACUCAUUUCCCUACAAAAGGUACAACAAACAGAAGAUGCUGCCAAUGUAGCACCAAGAACAAAGGAAAGAGAACAAAAGUAAUAUGUGGCAACUGUCGUGUACCUUUGUGUGUAGCACCAUGA